AAAAAAAAAAUUUUUUUUCAUAAUUCAAAUGUGCUUGCGGUGCUAAUUAAAAGGGUUCUAAAUUGAGAACUGGUGGUAGUUUAAAAUUGUACAGAGACAUCACGUGUUUAAAAUAAAAAAAUAAAAUAAAAUAAAAAGAGAAAAAGAAAAAAGAAGCCGGUUUUUCGUCACGCCUGAGGCCACAAGGAAUUUCUACGCAUUUACUUGUGGUUUAGGUAUAUCAUAGAUGUCUCGAAAAAUACGAGACGACGACGAGGGUCAAAGGAACUUGGUUAAUAUACGAAUAUAAGAGAGCUGUUCAAUAAUGGACCAUCAGGCAUACGGCAGAGGCGUCUGAACGAAUAGUUUCCGGUUUUCUGAAUCAUACACGGAAUGUUAUUGAAAAAGACGGCGUAGAAUUACAUAUCCGUUUAUAUUCCCUGUUCCUGACAUUGCAAAAAUAAAAUAAAAGAAAGAAAGAAAGAAAGGAAAAAAAUAGGGGUCAGUGCGGAAAAAGGAAUUAAAAAUAAAAAAAUCAUGAGUAUCGGGUCAAAGGAGUUUUAACGGAUUCUUGUUUUCACGCACGUUACAUAUUUCAUUAAAUUUUUUCUCUCAUUUGUCACUAAAGUUCAUGCACCUUUAAAGGACAAAUUAUGCGACAGUGUGUGGAUGCAGUUUUAUUUCACGGAGGUACAGGUACUCCGUUGACUCAUCGCUAUAUAAGUGAUGACUAUUAUUAUGACAAAUCGAGUAACAAUGAUGCCAGCUCUGAUUCUUUGGAAAGAUUUUCCCUAAUUCCGCAAGAAAAGUGGCGUACGGAUACGGUAUUACCGGUCGCUUUGCUGCCGGCUGCCGAGGGCAUGUCUGCACGAUCUCAUCACAGAAUUCGACAGUCCUCGGUGGGACUGGAUGAUGCUGGUAUGGAUUUGCAAGCUGCACAGCUUCGCGCCCGUACCAAUCAGGAGAUUAGCUCAACUGUAUCUCUAUCAUGGCUAGAUUGGCAAUUGUCCCUUUUCAUAGUUUUCUGCGCCACCGUUGGCGCAAUUCUCUUCACUUUUCUGAUCCUCUUAUGGCUGCGAAAGCAAAUGUCGCGUGAAAAGGACACUGAAGAUGGUGAUAUGCGAGGAUUGGUAGAAGAGGGAGCAGUUUGUUCUUCAGAAAAGGCCAGUAAAGAUAAUAAGGAUCCUAUCGAAGCACAGUGGGUUCAUCAAUCAGUUCUUAAGCCGCCUGUACCAGUUCAGCCAAUUCGGCCCGUUCCCGAGACGUCGGGUCUGGCAGCUUCACGACAGAUAAUGGCAGUCGCAACUCCGGAAAGGAGACCUGAGCCAAUGCGCAUCAGACCGAAAGGACUCCUCGAAAGACGAGGCUCGAGCGCAAGUUUGACAAUUGAAUUGACCCCUGCACCCGAGAGUCCACCGCACGUGGUGACACCGACUCGGGAAUGUACCGCUGAAGAGUUUCUUCUCAGCGCUGGAAAUAUUUUAUCCCGCGUACAAUUGAAAAAAGCAAUCAGUGAUCCAAGUUCUCUGCACAAAGAAUUUUGGGAAGUGCCCCUAAAUCUUCCCGAGAAAGUGGAUGUUUGCGGAUCUGGAAUUAAAAAUAGAUAUCGCUCGGUAUUGCCAAAUUCACAGACACGAGUUGUCUUGCCUGGCUCCGAUGAUCCACUGAAUAGUUACAUUAACGCAAAUUAUAUUCGCGGUUAUGAUGGAGAUAACGUUAGGUACAUUGCAACACAAGGACCUUUAAUCAACACAAUUGAUGACUUUUGGCGUAUGAUUUGGUCGGAAAGAUCUCCUGUGGUUGUAAUGAUAACGCGAUUACACGAGGCAGCAAAGACAAAAUGUGACGCAUACUUUCCGGUUGAGGAAAAUAGCAGGAUAAACACUGGAUCUUAUGAAAUAAUGGUUAUGUCUGUGGUUAGCCGAGACGGUUACACAGUUAGGGACCUUGAAAUUAGGCAUCAAAGUGAACGACGCAACAUUCUGCAUUAUUGGUAUGACUCGUGGCCAGAUCAUGCUGUGCCACAAGAAGCUGAUACGCUCGUUAGCUUAGCUGCGGAAGUAAAUAAUUUAUCGGGACCCAUAAUAGUUCACUGCAGUGCAGGAAUCGGAAGGACAGGAUGUUUCAUAGCAUUAGCAAAUGGAAUGACUCAGCUCAUAAGAGACGGAAAUGUCGAUGUUUUAGGCAUUUUAUGUCAAAUGAGGUACGACAGAGGUGGAAUGAUACAAACUGCAGAGCAGUAUGAAUUUGUACAUCGAGCCCUUUGCCUCUUUGAACAAACACUCGACAACAAAAAAUCUGUUUCAAACGACUGAGACGGGGACUUUAUUGGAACUGAUAAAAGAAAUCUAGCCUUUGCUAAAAUAUACUUUCUAUUACGUCCACGUAUGUGCGUCUCUUCUGCAUGAGGAAAACAAUCUCCAAAAAAAAAUUUACUUUUUCUAUUAGUUGGAGAGAGGAUGAGAGAAAAGAGAUAAACAGAGAGUGAGAGCGAGAGAGAGAGAGAGGAUAAAAAUGUCCCUCCCCUGGUUUUUCAAUUCUAAUGAGCGACUGGCUCAUUAAAAAAAAGCUGCCAUUUUUAAACUGCCAUGACGAAUCUUUGACAAUUAAUAUCAGUCUUUAAAAAAGAAAAACAAAAAACAAACAGCUCAAGAGAGUUUAAAGCUUCAAUAAACAAUGGAUUAUCUGUGAUUCGACGAACACUGCUUCUUCAGACGAAUCAAAUAUAUAUUUUAUCCAUGCGAUAAUUGAUGACAAAUAUAUAAAUGGUGUUCAUUUAAAUAUUAAAAAAAAAUUUGAAUGAAGCUAAAACAUCAAAUGAAAGAAAUAAUUCACUGGCAGUCUAUGAAUAUUUUUAGUUUUAUAUUUUUCAAGUUGUUUAAAUCUUAGACAUUUUAUUAUUUCUUAGUCUUUCAAAUAUCGUUGAUUUUCUUGUUUCCAUUUAUGAGAAAUAUCUUCCAAUCGAUUUGUAGGAUGUUAUUUACAGAAAAUGUCAGGGAAAGUGAAAUGUUUCACAAAAUAGAAAACAAUGUUAUUCGGAUAUUUUGUGAUCAUUCAUUAUUGUCGAUCAUAUAUAAUUUCCAUUAUUAAAAAAUUUCCAAUUCUAUUCUUUUUGGAUAAAAGUAUUUAAUAAUAUUUAUUAUAACAAUAUUAAUAUUUAAAAAAUAUUUAUUGAAAUUUUUUAUUUUUCUUGAAUUGAAAUUCAUUUUAAAAUUGAAAUAAAAAAAUGGAAAAAAUGUUUGAGAAACAAAAAUAAAUGAUCGGUGAAUAAUAAAUGAUACAUACAUAAUUGCUUAUUUUGAAUCGGGUAAAGAAUUUGGGACCCAUAAAUGAUAAUCAUCAGCUUUUAUCUUUCAUCCAGUUCCUAAUUGUGUUUUUACGCUAUCGGUCAUGACUUUUUCUGAAUAUCUUAUAUAAAUAUAUAUAUAUAUAUAUUAUAUAAUAUUUAGCAACAAAGACUGAAUGCAUGUAUAUGUAAUACAAUGUAAUUAUUAUUUAAUCGUUCCAAAUUUUACAUAGAUUAGUUCGACUUGAACAGAUCGUGACUCAAUGGCUAGAUUCGAAAGAAAUUGUUGAUAAUUUGAAUGUUAAAGAAAGCAAGUCACUUGUAGGGAAAAAAUUCUUAAUUAAAUGUUGACAGAAGAACUCCUUUUUUUCCGAGAGUGAAAAUAAAAGUUCUUUUUCUUCAAACUUAGAUCUAUCUAAUCUAACGAAAUGCUGUGAUCAGAAGUGCUUCUCUCCAUUUCAAAAUGUAAAUUUUGAGUUCUUUUCAUAAAAUCAAGAUUUUUCUCACAUUUAAAAUGAAAAAGAAAAUUAUUUCGAAUGAUGGGAAAAGUCUGCAGCAUCUGAUCGUUGAUUAUGAGAGAUGGUUCUUGUCCAUUGAUCUGUAAUGUUUUAUUUUUUAUUAAGUUGCCAUGAAAUCACACUUAAAUAUUUUCGAAUAUUUUUAUCAAUAUUUAUAUAAGGGCGUUAAUAUUCAUCUCUACAAUACAAUCUCUUUAUUACAAUUUUUGAUAUAUAUUUAUAGAUACUGUUUUUUUUCUAUUGUUUAAUUUUAAUAAAGUACUAUAUAUUAUUAUAAUAAAUUGGAUUGAAUUCAAAUAAAAAUAAUUAAUAUCGAGAAGAUAAUGUAAAUGUUAGUGGUUAACAUAAUUUUUUUUUUAGUAACAUAAAUUGUUUAGAAUAGUUUUAAAAAAUGUGGAUUUAAAUUUAUAUUUUAACUAAUUUUAUUUUACAAUUAAUAAUCGAUUGUAUUUAAAGGGUAGAGAAUCUCUUCUUUUGUAGAUGUUUUCUUGCUGAGAUGUUAAUUUCUCUUUUAUUUUAUUUUUUGUUGCAAUUGUCAUUAUUUCUUUUAUAAUGAGAUGCAUCGUAUUAUUUUUAAUAAUCAUCUUUUUUUAUUAAUGCUAUUGCAUUCACAAAUUAUAUAAAUAUAUAUAAUAUGUAUGAAAAGAAAAUGAACGAUCUGAUCCCUGAUUUGUUUUUUAAAUCGAGUGCGCAGAGUAUUACUCUUUUUUUGAUUUUAAUUUUCGUUUAUUUAAAAAAAAAAUAAGGAAAUUGUAAAUUAUCUUCGCGCUGCUUACAAGCAAUUAACUCUAAUUAAAUGCGUGCGAAUGAAAGAUUGUGAUAUACAUAUGUGUACAUAUAUUGUACAAAGAACGAUAUAAUAUAUUCAUAUUAUCUAUAUAUUAAAGAAAAAAAAAUUAAGAGAGAAUAUUUGUGUAAAUGAUGAAAUAAUUAAGAGAAUAAAUUAUUUUCGGGUGCUCGUCAAGACUCAAAAAAAUAAAUAAAUAAAAAGAAGAAAAAAAAUGGAAACAAAGUGAAGUAGAAAAUUAUACAAAUAUGGUAAAAAUAAUAAUUAUUUUAGCGACCCCUCGGUGUUCAUUGUACUUAUGUGACGUAAAUAAAUGUUUAUAGCGUAUA